CUUGUACUUGCGAGCCGGGGUGUAAUUUUUGGCUGGACCCUGAAUUCCUCAAAUUAGCAUCUGCCAUUAACUGUAUUUCCCGCGUGUCCAAGUGGAGUUGUCUCAGUACUAGUGAGCUGAGGGAAGGCGAGGGGGCGUCCGACGUGGUUCUCCCGGAGACGGUGAUUGUCAGGUAACGGGAAGGAGAGGGAGCCAGUCGCCCUGUGAAACUCGGGGCGCCCUGAGUGCUGAGGAGAAGGCGUCUGCUCGAGAUGUGCAUCCAAUAGGCCAGGACAAAUGUUCUUGGAUUCUUCCAUUAUGUUGGACAACUUCACUAUUCCAUCUUUGUUAUCUGUGCUGCAGCUCAAUUGACAAUGUUUGUGAAAGGCAACACACUGGGAUUGUGGGAUGUAAGGUGUAGGAUGUUUCCUGUUCCACGAUCGAAAGGUCAGCAUCAGGUCUGGCCGGUGAAUGAGGAAUCACCUGCAUGGAUUUGGACUGCUCCAACUGUACCUGGUCUUUUUAGAAUAAUUGGCCCUCGCCAACUUCAUCCUUUGACUUCUCCACAUAGUCCUCCUGAAUUUCUACCAGUCCCAUCUGGAUGGCAGAUCCCUUAUGACUCUUUCAUUCCUUUGAUGGUGCUACCUUCUCCACCAGAACCAACUGUUCUUCAGCUUCCAUUUCCAACUAUGCAGUGGGAACAAAUAAUCCAUCCCCCAGUUGUAGGAUUUCCUCCACCGAUUGGCAUGGACUUCAUUCCCAUAGUUCCCCACAUGCACACUUCUUCCCGGCGGUCGUCAAAUAAGGGCUGGAUGGAUAAAAAGACUCCUGAUUGCAAAGUAUAUUUCAAUAAUGCAAUUGCUGUGGAAUCAACCUGGGGAAAAUCAGAGGAUAUGAAUUUUUUCCAUGGAUAUAAAAAGCCCAUAUUAAAAGCAAAUCAAGUAGCAGUGGCACUAUCAGCAGUAACCAAACCAACAUCAUCGACAGGAUCCAGACCCUAUCUCGUGGUAACACCUCAAUCCAGCAAUGUGACAUCCUCCGGUCACCCGAGCACUCAAUUGCUCAGACAGAUUUAUUGUCUCCAGAGAGAUUUGGGUAAACGAAAUUAUGGCCAAUCUACAACCUGUGACAUCAAAAGUGUUACUGAGUUUGAUGCAACGGAUCAAAGUAUUGAUAAAGAAAGAGGAUCUUGCCAGCAAUCAUGUACCAGGGCUUCCAAUGCAAUUUCGGGAAGGAAAAAUGAAUCUAAUAUGAAUUCAGAAGAGAAUGAUAUUAAAAAAGCCAUUGGUGAGAAAGAAACAGUGCGUCACCAAACCAAACCUGUGGCAUCAACUCCUGUACCAGGAUCUCCUUGGUGUGUUGUCUGGACUGGAGAUGACCGUGUUUUUUUCUUCAACCCCUCAAUACAACUGUCAGUGUGGGAUAAACCAGCGGAACUUGAAGGGCGAGGUGAUAUUAACAAAAUCAUACAAGAUCCUCCCCAUAAGCGCAAAAUAGAAUUGGCAACAUCAAAAGAUGGCACUUCUAAUCAAGAAGAGGCAAAUGAAGAACACCUGAUGAAAACAAAGAGAAACAAAACUGAAGAGCCAGAUAUCACUAAUCCAGCAAAAGAAGAAAUGGAUGGGAAAAACCUGGGAAAUACCCCACACAGAACUGUUGUCCCCUUGGAAGAACGUAUUAAUCACUUCCGGGAUAUGCUUCUGGAAAGAGGGGUCUCUGCAUUUUCUACUUGGGAAAAGGAGUUGCACAAAAUAGUGUUUGACCCACGUUAUCUCCUUCUAAAUCCUGAGGAACGUAAACAGAUUUUUGAACAAUUUAUCAAAGCAAGAAUAAAAGAAGAAUAUAAAGAGAAAAAGUGUAAGCUACUCCAGGCCAAAGAAGAAUUUAGAAAACUCCUAGAAGAAUCCAAACUUACGCCCAGAUCCACUUUUCAGGAAUUUGCAGAAAAAAAUGGAAGGGAUCAUCGAUUUAAAAUGGUACAAAAGAGAAAAGAUCAAGAACAUUUCUUCAAUCAAUUCAUAAAUAUUCUCAAAAAGAGGGACAAAGAAAACAGAAUUCGACUGAGGAAGAUGAGAUAAAACACCGCUGAAACUGAACUACUGUGAAGGAUAUGAUGACUGAGGAAUUUAGACAAUCUUAUCUGUGCAGCGUUUGGGUAAUUGUAUAAUAAAGAUAUAAAGUAAGAUCAUUUUUGAAUUUAAAGUUAUAGGUAAUACCAGCUCACACAUCUCUGAUUAGUAUUUCACUGAAUCUCCAAUUUUUGAUAUGUUACUUAAACUACAUGCAUCUUGCUUGACAUUUAAGCAACGUUUAACAAACAGUUUAGUUUCAGUGCACACAUUAUGUAAUAUUGAAUAACCUCCAUGACAAUUAAAGUGCCCUCUUUUUGGCUAGAAAAGAAAUUAAUUUCUUUAAAAUGACAUCAACUUAUGUUGAAAUGAGGCUGGAUUACUCGUGAAAAGAAGCUGGACUGGUGCUUUCAAUUGAAUUUGCAUUUAUCAGCACUAUUUUAAAAAGAAAUAAACACAGUUGUUACCAUACAAAAUAGCAGUAUUUCAAGAAAAUUGAGCAUUUGGAUUAUAAAAUCCCAUGGCAAAAUUUCAAAGCUAUGGUUUUUAAUUAGUGUUUUAUAUUUUUAAAAAGCAGCUAGUUCCAAAAGUCAUCUCUGGGUUGUUAAAUUAUUAAUACUAACCUGCCCACAGGUAUUAAUGCUCAAUAAAAGCCCCACAGCUAGUUCAGUGGAGUUAAAAUAAGUUUUACUCAGUGUCAGCUUGUUGAAAUUCACUGCUAAAUUAUAAUUGCAGUAUAUAAAUAAAUUACAUGGCAAUUUUAGUUUAUUUAUGUAUUCUGUACUUACUAGUGUCUGAAAAUAGUGAGGAUAAGGUUGGAAAAGUAUAGUAUGACAAGAUUAUUUACAUUACUAUGUGCUCUUUAAUAAAUUUGUUUGCCUCAUCCAAUUUGUUAAACCUCAUGAAAUGCAGAGUGCCUGAUCAGUAACGCUAGCUUGAUGUUUAAAAUAUUUAGAAAGUAACCAUACAGAACUGCCUGUAUAUUCAAAAAUUUGGCAUUUUACAAUGUAAUACUUCUAAAUUGCGCUUGGAGUAAGGUAACCCAUUUACAGUACAGUUUUGUAAUGUAAUAUUUUCAGACAUUAUUUGAGCUUAUACGUAUCUAAAAAGGCAAAAUUUUAGUUUUAUCAGAAGUAAUAUCAAUUUCCAUUUAUGCAUUAAUAUUUACUUUUUUAAAGUAUGUACA